AUGGGUGGAUGUUCUGCACCAAACUGCUCCAACUCGUCAACGAACGGCAAGCAGCUUUUUCGUUUCCCGAAGGAUCCGACACGGAUGAAAAAGUGGCUUGAGAACUGUCGGAAGAAUUCUGCGACACCCUGCACCAGACUCUGCCAGGAUCAUUUUGAGGAGAGCCAGUUUGAGGAGAUCGCCAGGUCAACUGCAGGAGGGAGGAAGUUAAAACCCAAUGCGGUUCCCACACUGUUUAACGUGUCCAACCCUCUCUCACUGAUUACACCUCACAGCAACCUUCCACUGAAACCUGAAACAGAGAAAGAUUUGAACGUCGGGGAUCACGGUUACGCCCGUCGGCAGACGAAUGCCGAUCUGGAGGAAGAGCUACUGAGGACAAACGAAGAGGCGCCUUGUUCUCUGUGUCCGCACUACAAAACACAGCUGGAGCAGCAACAGCAGCACACGGCCCGUCUGCGGAGAGAGGUGGAGGAGAUGAGGAGGCACUUGCACCGGCUCACCAGGAUGGAGAAAGGACUGCAGAUGUUCCUGUCCGAGGACCAGAUCCGGGCUCUGACCCUGGCCAAACGCUCACGCCGCGCCGCCUGGUCACACAGCACGGUCCUGGCCGCCCGCAAGAUCCGCAGCGCCGUGGGGGUGAAAGGGUACGAGUUCCUGCGAGAGCUGGGCUACCCGCUUCCCUCGAACCGAACUGUGUGUAACCGCCUGGAACCCAAAAUGAUGAUAAACGCCAGCAUUCAGGAGGACCUGGCAGAACUGGGACUGGGAAUCAUCACCGCAUGUGACAGUCCUGAGGAGAACGUGGCGGGUGAUGAAGGUUUUAUCGGAAUGAUCGCAUAGGACUUAUUUAUUAUUACUAAUUGUGUGUGUGUGUUUAUUAUUUGAUAGAUAAACCUAAUUCAGGAUGUUU